GAAAGAGGAUAGAUUAUUGGUAUAAGGUUGGGACUGAGGAUGAAGCUUUAACAAAGCUUUCCACUGAUCUUGAUGCUAUUACAAUGUGCUUGUGUGUUCCACAAAUUAGGCUUGUUAUUAUAUACUUGGAUCAUUGGGAGCUUAAGAGGGACUAUGAAGAGAUAGAUGAUGAUGAGGAUGAUGAGCUGUUUAUGUAUGAAGAAGAUGAGUUCCAUGAUUUUGCUUAUAGUCAAGCUGGUUCAUAUGGAGUUGUUAUCGAAGAAUUGCCGGAUUCACCGAGGAGGAAGCCAGGGGUAGUGAUAAAGCAACUUCCAGAUUCACCGAGGAAAGAUGUCCCGAGUAGGACAGCAAAGAAGGCUUCUGGAAUUGUGAUAAGGGAGUUGGAAUGGCAUCCAAUUGUGCCUACUCAAGCUAGCCAAGUGGGAGUGCUUGAUCCUAAAGACAAAACACACACUUGAGGUUGAGAGCAUAGGGGGCAGCAAAUAUGUGGUCAACCUUCAAGCACACACUUGUGCAUGCCGAAGAUGGGAUUUAACUGGCAUCCCAUGUAAACAUGCUAUUGCAGCCAUCAAUUACAUGAGACAAGCCCCUGAGGACUUUGUAGAUCAUUGCUACCUAAAGAAGACAUACAUGGCUACUUACAACAACACAAUCAAACCUGUUAAUGGUAUGGAUCUGUGGUCAAAGAGUGCUGAACCUCCAAUUCUUCCCCCCCAAUACACAAGGCAGCCGGGGAGACCAAGAACAAAGAGGAUCAAGAGUGCAGCUGAGAAGGCAGAAAUUGGAGGUAUAAAGCUUGGCAAGGUGCAGAGGUCUCUCAAGUGUAGCAACUGUCAUGAAGUUGGCCACAAUGUCGAGACUUGUCAUAGACACUUGCCACCCAAGAACAAGACCUCAACAACCAGUGACAAGAAGAGGAAGUUAGAUGAAUCAACAUCCGGAACUCAGACCAAUACUAAGAGAAAGGAGCCAUUGACAAAGAAUGACCUGAGGAAGAAGGUACAACUUAGGGCAGAUAAGCUUAAGAAAAAGAGAGAUGAAAAGAAGGCAGCAAUAGAAAGAGCAUCAAAUGCUUCAGGGAAGACAAAGGGUAGACCUGCAAGAACAUCAACAACCCCGAAACCUGCUCCUGCUCAAGCUCCUCGGCCAGCAAUGUCAAAUCCUCCUCCCAAGCCUUCAUCGUCUUCUAAGCAAGCAGCCCCAAGUAGGUCAUCUAUCAGAAUCAAGGAAAAGGAAGGGAAAAAAUAGGCUUAUGUACUGUAUGUUGUCUUAUUAGCAUGCCCUAAACUUUAUCGUAUUUGGUUUAUGUUGCAGUCUUUUGCGCAACCUUGAGCUAUGUAACUUGGUUGCUAGCUCUAAUCUUUUGAGAAGAUGAUUAGAGCUAAGUCCCAUUGCAACUUUGAUUUUUUGGUUUUAUGGAUGUAAAGUACUGAUAUUCAUCCAAUGGCAUGCUAAUGCUAAAG